AAGGGAAGGGAGAUGGAGCCGCUUCGCCACGCAAAUCACGAUGAUGCGCAUGACAGACGUCCCUCAUCACAAAAAAAUGGAAUCGCUGCGUCCGUAAUCACAUUCUCCGUGCGUACUAGCAACGCGCCUCGAAAAUCCAAACCAAACCAACGCCGUACAGGUCAGUUGCGACUUGGGCAAGGACCCGUAAGCCAAACAUUCGCACCAGGCAACUAUUCGAUAAGAGCAACUCUCAAGUACGCAGCUUGUAAGAUGUUCCACCAAUUGGAUAAACGUAUACAAGAAACGUCGCAACCAAAGGCACUCACAUAGAUAUGGUCAAGACCGCAUCUCAUUUGUCCGCAAUCUCCACGACCCACUCAUCCCCCCCUUACCGAACCAUUGAUGCAAAACUGAUCCACCUGUUGACACUGAGUAACUCAGGAACAGGGCCCUAGAUUGGUUUUGAGGCAUCCUGCUCCAUCGUGAUUCUCCCUGCAUAAAAGUCUGAUUUUUCA